ACCAACUGUUUGGACGGACCACAACACGACCAGCUAGUCGUUGUGUUUUGGAGAUCAAAACACAAUAAUAAUCAAAUCCAUGAAAUGUCUGAAGUUGAGAUGAUGUCGUCCUGACGUGUCUGGCCCAGUAAUGCUCUGCUGUCUGUAGCCGAUAGAAAAGGGAAGAAGACACACCAAGGGGUUUGACAACAAUAACUCUUGGCCUGAAACCCAGCCCACUGACCCCGCCAUGGCUUUGAUACUAAUCCGCUUUGUUACAUCCGAAGGUCUUUGUCUACCGUUUCCCUGAAGUCACAUUAUGAUUCACCCUUAUGACAGCAGCACGAUAUCAUCAUUUGCAAUACUUUUCAUUCAAACACACUGAACCAUGUAGCUGUGGCUCAUAUUAAAUGGAGAUGAUCUAAGACAUCUAUUGUGGGCUGUAGUUCACUGAAUCAUUUAUUUCAAUUGACUGGAAACGAGCCCCAGCUCUCUAUUAAACAGACAGUUUGGUAGCUUUGUAAAAUAGUGUCUCUCAUAACUUCCUCAGCUGCUUCUUUCCCAGGUCCCCUCAGGAGCAGCUUGUUUGUCUGGUGUCCUUAUUUCCGGAAUUAGAUCGUCUGCAAACAGACCUGGUCAUGUGUAGCCAUAAAUAUGAUUCAUGGUGUCACCCUUCUCUUGUGUGUGUUGUUAUGUUGAGAGGCGGCUGGUAUGAGUUAUGUAAGGCCUUAGCAGAGAGUUCUCCUGUUACUAGGUUAAGCCUUAUCUGUAGAUUUAAGUGUUUUACAACAUGGGAAACUAAAGGUGGUCUCUGGUCACGAGAGCUUUUAUUUUAGAAAACUACUUAAUUCUGUAACUAUUUGCAAGAGAGGGGGACACAUUUGCACCACUGUCUUUUUAAAAAUGUUCCUAAUUGUUUAACUGGAUUCUAAAAUGCUUGACUUUCUAUUCAUGAAUAGGUACUAAGACUAGAUGUUAAGAUGUCAGAUGGAUCAUUUAAAAUGUCAUAAACACAGAUUAUUCAUUUCCCCUUUUGUAGAUCUAACCAUGACCAGAACAUCUCCGGCUGUUGGCUCAAUGGAGCAAAUCCACGUGCCCGUCUACCACCCAACGCCCAGCCAGGCCCGGCUGGCCACUCAGCUGACGGAGGAGGAGCAGAUUCGCAUCGCACAGCGAAUCGGACUCAUCCAGCACCUCCCGAAGGGCGUGUACGACCCAGGACGGGACGGCUCUGAGAAGAAGAUCAGGGAGUGCGUCAUCUGUAUGAUGGACUUUGUAUACAGAGACCCCAUCCGCUUCCUGCCCUGCAUGCACAUCUACCACAUGGACUGUAUAGACGACUGGCUGAUGAGAUCCUUCACCUGCCCCUCCUGCAUGGAGCCUGUGGACGCCGCGCUGCUUUCCUCCUAUGAGACCAACUGACACACGCACAAACACACACACCUGCACACAAACCCACUGUAUAUGCCCAUAGGCACCUGUGAACCAGAAUGGACACACACACACACACAUGGACAUACACACAACGUCCAUCUUGUUAACUUGUAUCCUGGAUUAGUAAGGUGUUGAUAUAUAACAGUGUAAACGAUUUAGGAUGAAUGCUCGUGUGUGUGCGAGAAUGCCUGUGUGUGUGUGUGUGUGUGUGUGUGUGUAUAUGUGUGCCGCACAAGUUCCUCCGUUGGCCUGCUGGACAGGAUUGAUUUAAGGAGGACUGGACAGAGUGUUGGUGUGUUGGACAAACCGGAAAGAGCUGGACCGAGCAGACCGAUGACAGUGGGAGAUGUGGGGGAUACCAGUGUAAAGGGAAGUCAAGGGGACAGGAUGAUGUUUAACUGAUAUGAUUAAAAAAAACCAAGAUCUGCUUUUAUAUGCAGGAAUUCAAACAACUGUGCCCAUAUACACACACACUUCCUUUAUUUACUUCCCAUCAUUGAUAUGAACGACACAGAAGGACGGACAGCCGACCACCGUCAUCAGGCCGCAGAUUGAGCUCGUUGGACUCACGCUGCUGGACAAGAGGAGAGAAACGUCCCGUCUGAUCGAUGCGUGGACGUGUCUUCACACGGAUGCCUGUUGCAGAGUCAUAUCUGCUGCAAAAAGAUGCGGAUGUGUGAUUUUAAGGCUGCUAGAGCUGGACAUCAGACUUGAUACUGCAAACAUCAGAUAUACUGUAUAUUCUGCAGACACACCACAGGCCUCCACUGGUCCACCGCGCCUGGGCCUGGAGUUGUCUGUCUGUAUAGAGAAAAACCAGAUUGGUCGAUCGUCCUGUGGCUUUGUGAAAUCUGUUACGUGUUUGUUUUAUUCCGUCAGCAUAAGGGCUUUGUCAGACCAGUGUUUACCAACAACACGGAUAAGGGAAAAGGAAAAACAGUAUGUGCUUUAGUCACUAAUGUGGUGGAUAGCUGGUAAGACUGUUGCUGUCAAGCUAUCGGCUCCUCGAGACUUUCUCAAUCACAGUGAGCGCUCAGAUUAUUGGCCAAAGCACAAGUAGACCACAAACCAUUGAUACCAAUCAGUGACAUUUGCACUUCUUAAUCAGACUUGUGACAAGAGUUGACCAUAUGCAUUCAGUAAUUAUGUCAAAGUGAGGUAUGUGACUUGUUUUUACCUACAGUGCAAUGAUCUGUCAUGAAAGCCACCCUCUGUGGACCGGGAGUGGAAACACACUUUAUAACUGGUGACAUUAACCAAACUACUGAAUUCAUUAAUACCAAGUUUGGCGCCCCUGUUAUUGUCCAAAUCAUGUAAUUCUAGGGACAAAUCAAGAACAGAAUUAAAAAACGUAAAGAAGUUUGCAUAUGUUCCGCAUCGCUUCAUUCAGCAUCCUGUUGCACCAGACCUAGAGCAAACAAUCAGAGGGGAAGCGGUUAAUGCUUGCACCAUCAGGACACCGGUGAUGGUGUGUGUGUCGGUGAACACACUUUAGAAAGGUUACAUUUCAUAUCAAGUUGAGGCCUCAAUCUAAAUGACCCUCUCGCCUCAUUUUAAAAUGCUUAUUGCCCAAAUGACCCAGCUUACUGUUAAAGCACAAAGAAACACAAUUGUUCAGUUAUACUUUCCUUCUUCCUGCUAACUUUGGCACGCAGGUAAGUCGGCACAGAUCACACACAGUUGGUAAACAUGCCUGGGGGGGUUGUUCGGCAGUCAGCACCUUAGUUUUUGCACAGUACUUUAAUCCACGUAAGUCUAUGUUGUCCUCCAUCAGUAAGGUGGAGCUUCAUGGCCUUUAGUUAAACGUGAGUAAGGGAUGGCAGCGGCUGCUAAAAUGUGGAACAAGACACAAUACUGUGUAUGGAUUGGCUUUCUGUUCCUUGACUUAGCUCUUUGUUCCCAUUUCUUCCAUCUGCAGUGUAGCAGACGACAGUUUGGAAGAAAAAAAAAAAAGCCUUUUUGAAGAGUAUGCAAUUUUCUUUUUAAAUAGUAGAAAUCUGGAACAAAUGCAUGUCAUGCACUUUGGGGAUAAUCAAAACCAUGUCAUGAUAGUAUUUGCUAUAGCUCCUGAAAAUAAUCAAGAGACAUCUUUAAGAAAAAAAAGAAUCCACAUGAUUUGUGUGAAGAUGAGCACUCUCCCAAAGCCACGUGUACAUGCAUUAUUGUGGAACUUUGUGGAGCUACUUCAUUUCCGUAUCUGUCAUCCGCUGUCAACUGAAGCAGCUGCCCAAAAUGUUUCUUAAUCACGAGACACUUCGAGCUUUGCUUCCGACUUUGAUUCUCGGGACAGAUUUGUUUGAAAAUGUCCACACUCGCAGGAAUGAUAAGUGAGUGCUGUUUUGGGGUGGAUUUUCUGCUUGUAAGUACAUUGAACAUGGAGGUUUGCUCGUAUGUGAGUGGGGUAAGUGUUGUAUGUUUAUGUAUGGAUGCUUGUUAGACCUUCCCUUGUUUGUAAGCAUAAAUAUGCUUAUGCUAUGUACUACAAGCAAAUAAUAAAUAGACAUUACAUCAGAACAUAA